AUGCGCUCCUUUGUGUCCCUCGCCCUCGCGGCACUCGCGUCGACAGCGGCCGCGCGCGACUUCAUCGAGCGGCCGCACGCCGAGGCGCACCCGCUGAAGCCCUACAAGGCGUUCCCCGCGUCGACGCCGCGCACCAAGACGUGCUUCGUCAAGCCCAGCUGCACCGAGGGCCGCGACGACUCGAAAAAGAUCCUCGCGGCGUUCGAGGCGUGCAACGACGGCGGCACCGUCGUGCUCGACCGCGAGUACACCAUCUGCGAGCCCCUCGACCUCCGCUUCCUCCGCCACGUCGACGUCGCCCUCACGGGCACGGUCCGGUUCUGCGACGACAUUGACUACUGGCUGCCGCGCACCUUCAAGUACCAGUUCCAGGGCGCCUCGACCUGGUGGGUGUUUGGCGGCGAGGACGUGCACAUCUACGGCCCCGGCGUCGGCACGCUCGACGGCAACGGGCAGGGCCUGCUGCGCAACUCGCCCAACUGGCACAACCUCAUCGCCAACUCGUCCGACGUGCUCAUCUCGGACAUUGACAUCUUCGCCCGCUCCUCGUCCGCCAACGAGGCCAAGAACCUCGACGGCUGGGACACGUACCGGUCCGACAACAUUGUCAUCCAAAACUCGUACCUCGACCACGACGACGACUGCGUCUCCUUCAAGCCCAACAGCACAAACGUCAUCGUCCAGGGCCUCACCUGCAACUCGUCGCAUGGCAUCUCCGUCGGCUCGCUGGGCCAGUACCCCGAGUUCUUCGACAUUGUCGAGAACCUGUACAUCUACAACACGUCCAUGUCCAACGCCGUCGACGGCGCCCGCCUCAAGGUCUGGCCCGGCUCCGAGACGGAUUUCCAGCCGGGCCUCGGCGGCGGCGGCGGCGCCGGCUACGUCCGCAACGUGACCUACGAGCGCUUCCACUCGCGCAACAACGACGCCGCCAUCCGCAUCGACCAGUGCUACGGCGAGAAGAACGCCACGCGCUGCGCCGAGUUCCCCUCCCGCAUGCGCAUCACCGACGUCGUCUUCAAGGACUUUACCGGCACCGUCUCCAAGCGCUACGACCCCCGCGCCGGCGCCCUCAUCUGCUCCACGCCCGACACGUGCGACAACAUUCGCGCCUGGGACAUUGACCUCAAGACCCCGUCCGGCAAGGCCCCCGAGUGGCAGUGCCGCAACGUCGAAGAGUCGCUGCUGCAGCUCGGCGGCAAGGGCUGCAUUCCGGGCUGA